AAGAGAACAGUUGGGGAAUGGAGUAGUGUACAGCAAAUAUACCACAAUGAAUUACGAAUCAAAACUACCCAUACUUCUGUUGGUAGUCCUCUUCAGCGCACCGCCAUGUAUAUCGCACCUUUGUGAGAGACAUUCUCAGCAAUCGUGCCAUGAAGAUUGCAAAUGGAAUGAGAGACACCGGACAUGUAUGGACUGUGAAGCUGGUUACUAUGGAUACAAUUGCUCAAAGCUUUGUAGAUAUCCAAACUUUGGGGAGAGUUGUCAACAGUCGUGUUCAGAUUGUGCCGAGGAUUUGUGCAAUCCAGCUCAUGGAUGUCAGACAACUGCUGUUCCAUCAAUUCAACAAACCUCUGCGUUAGCGGUGGUGUAUAGAAAUGUUGUCAGCCAUACCGACUCUUCCGAAAUGAAUCCUGUUAUCAUUGGAAUAAUAUUAACAUCAUUAGUUAUCAUUCUGGUUUUCAUCGCUUUUGCUGUUGUUACCAUCGUCAACAGAAGACACAUAUCUAUCCUUAAAUCCAUCACGACGUGUUUCACUUCUGGAAAUUGUAACAACGUUUCUGAAUCACAUUACGCAAUUGCAAAUUAUACACCACACAGAGAUUUCGGAGAGAUGCGGAAAGCAGCACUAGAAAAUUUCGUUUUAUUUGUAAUGUCCAGAAUGGUGUCACCCAUCCAGCGAUGCCUUCAAAGGAGCGAGAAGACACAGUUAUGCACAAAAUGCGUCGCUGGUUAUUUUGGCGUGAAUUGCUCCGAGAUCUGCCGCUUCCCUAACUACGGAUAUGACUGUCAGCAGAAGUGCUACUGUGGAGGCAAAUUUUGUGACGCAGCGCUCGGAUGUGUAAUCGACGAAGAGUCCAUUGAAAAAGAACACUUCUACUACAUUUCCGCCUCUAACCCAGUUCUGAUUUCCAUAUUUAUCGUGCUGAUAUUGAUCAUCUUUCUCUUCGUGAUUCUGGUCGGAAGUAAAUACAUGCGGAGAGAUCACAGGACAAUUUUUGCUUUCGACACACGGCCAACAGAACCCAGCUACGAUCUUCCACGCCCUGCUGACGACACGUCUCCGAAACAAACGGUAACCACCUUAAACGAUCCUGAAUACAGCAACCAGAUCCAGAAAAGACAUCGUAAUAAUGACAAACCUGAUGGCUUCACUGUCACCGAGAUGGUGACGAUGACUCUACCUUGAUAAAGCGGCUAUUUUGGACGAUGGGAAUACUGUAUGUACUUCCGGGAAAUAUUGGCCCAGCUGCGAUAUACAUGUGAAUUGUUACAAGAUAUAAAAGUGUGGAACCCAUGAGAAUACAAACACACGAAA